AUGCCUCUCAUCCGCAUAGAAUUGAGCGAUUUCAAGUCAUAUCGGGGCCACCAGGUUAUCGGACCAUUCAAGAACUUCACAUCCGUUAUCGGCCCAAAUGGCGCUGGAAAAUCCAAUCUCAUGGAUGCAAUCUCUUUCGUGCUCGGUGUAAAAAGUGCACAACUGCGCAGUAGCCAACUUAAAGAUCUCGUCUACCGCGGGCGCAGGCUCGCCAAAGGCCCCUCCGAUGCCUCUGAGACCACACAAGAUCAGGAGGACAACGAUGAUAGCGACGGCGACGGUGAAGGUGAGGGCACAGCGAAGAAGGCAUGGGUGCUUGCAGUGUUCCAGGAUGAAAAGAGAAAGGAGUGGUUAUUCCAGCGAACAAUAUCGACCACCGGAGCAUCCGAAUACCGUCUCAAUAACAAAGUUGUCACCUACUCCGCGUACAACGCCGCCCUGACGUCCCAUAAUAUCCUCGUCAAAGCCAAGAACUUCCUCGUCUUCCAGGGUGAUGUCGAGGCUGUCGCGUCUCAGUCUCCAAGAGAGCUUUCCCGCCUCAUCGAACAAAUUUCAGGCUCUCUGGAGCUCGCCCAAGAAUAUGAGAAAGCCAAAGAAGCUCAGGAUCGCGCAACAGAGAACGCAACCUUCAACUUCACAAAGAGGAGAGGCAUUGCCGGUGAGAUAAAGCAGUAUAAGGAACAAAAGGGCGAGGCAGAGCGAUUUGAAAGUUUGUGUGACCAGAAGGACGACCUUAUCUUGAAGCGCAUCCUUUAUAAACUAUUCCACAUCGAAGAGGCACUGGAAGCGAACGCGCGAGACAUUCAGACAAAGUCUAGAGCACUCGCUGGCCUACGUGCAGAGCAUGGAGAACACGAUAGAGCUCUUGAGGAUGCGCGCGCAGAGCAAGCAAGGGCUCGCACAGCUGUCGUACGAGAUGAGAAGAAAGUCAAGAAGGCCGAAAAGGCGUUGGAAGCCAAGGAACCUGAGCUGGUGGAAGUCGACGCCCAGAUCAAGCACUCGUCCCGAAAGCUGCAAAAUUCCCAGAAGAUGCAGGAGCAGGUCGGCAAUGAUGCUGAGCGUCAGCAAGCUAAGCUCGACUCACUCACACGAGAUCUUGCAAAUGCUCGACAGGCAGCAGACGAGGCUGCAGAGGCUCAGAGACGUGCAUCUCAGAAUAAUACAUCGCUCAGCGAGACCAGUCUAGCUGAAUAUCGCUCACUUAUUAACGCCACGCAUAGAAAAGCAUCCGCCAGCGUCCUUGCCGUUUCGGAGCGUCAAGCCCUGGAGACGCUCAGCCGAGACGAGAAGACGGCGUCCCGAACACUCACACAAGUGAGGGCCAAACAUGAAGAGUUUGAGCGGAACAAAGAAAAACUUCAAGGCGACGAGAAAACUCAGCAAGCCAACAAGUCAGAGCUCGAGCAAAGGCUCGCUACCCUCCAGGGGGAUCACGCACGCUCAAAGCAAGAGUACGAAAACCAGCAAAGCGAACGGACGAGGAUCAGCCGUCUCGAGACCGAGACAAACGAAAAACUCGCAGAUGUCUAUCAGCGGUUGCUCCAAGCAGGCGUCGACAGGACCGAAUCCGAGCGCGAAGCAAAGCUAAAGGAGACGCUCUCAAGCCUGCAGCGCAUAUUCCCAGGUGUUCGAGGGCGCGUGGUCGACCUCUGCAAACCCACACAGCGCAAGUACGAGACAGCAGUAUCCGUCAUCCUGGGGCGCAACAUUGAUGCUGUCGUCGUGGAUGAAGAGAAGACUGCUAUUGAAUGCAUCGACUAUAUGCGCACCCAGCGCGCCGGCCAAGCGACCUUCCUCCCCCUCGAUACGAUCAGCACGAAACCAAUCAACGACAAGUUCCGCUCCUUCGCCAGAGGCGCGCGUCUCGCGGUCGACGUGAUCCAGUAUGAGGCUGCCGUGGAACGCGCAAUGCACCAUGCGUGUGGGAAUGCGCUUGUAUGUGACACGAUGGACGUGGCGAGGUACGUGUGUUGGGAGCGGGGGCAGGAGGUGAAAGCUGUUACAUUGGAGGGCACCGUCAUCCAUAAGAGUGGGCUUAUUACUGGUGGUCGAAGUACGCACGGGGGAGGGAAGAAGUGGGAGGAGAAGGACGUGCAAGGUCUUACGCGUCUUCGCGACAGUCUCGUGGCACAGCUUCAGGAACUGAAUCGCUCGAAACCGAGGGGUAAGGCAGAUGAAAAUGUCAUCGCUGAAAUUACACGACUAGAGAGUGCUAUAACUGUUGUACGAGACGAUCUGAGCGCCUGCAGAUCCCGGUACACCGGGAUCAAAGAGGAGCUUAAACACGUCGACCGGGAACUCAAGAAGCUCUCUCCCGAUCUAAAAAAGGCUCAAACUUCACACUCGAAACUAUCCUCUCAAAUCGCAGAACUCCAAUCUGUGAUCGACUCAGCCGAAGACGGCGUGUUCGCCUCAUUUUGCGACGAGAUCGGCGUCGAAAAUGUUCGAGAGUAUGAGGAACCAAGUUGCGAGGUUAACACACCAGUUGAGGGACGAGAUCGACACGUGCGUAGGUCUCAGUUCGAAGAGGAGCAGUUGAGGAUGACACAAUCGCGUCUGGCGACGCUGCGAAACGCGGCUGAAGAUGAGCAGCGGAAGGUGGCGGAGCUGGAAGAAAAGAAGCGCACCAUUCAAGUUGAGAUUGCGGAGGCGCAAGAGGGCAUCGCACAACUUCGAGAAACGCUGCAGGGUCUCAACGACGUGCUCGACGAGAAGAAUAAGCAUGUCGAUCAAGCGAAAAAGACGCACGCGAAAGCUGCCAAGGUGCUUGACCAGGCUCUCAAGGAGAUUGGUCUGAAGAACGACGAGAUUGAGAAGCUGGCACUGGAACGAUCGGCGACCUACAGGAAAUGUAGGCUUGAGGACAUCAAACUACCUCUGUUGGAAGGGAAUGUGAAGAAUGUUCCGAUGGAAGAGAACCUGCGAGAGGAGGUAGCUAUGGAUGUUGACGAUGACGAUGGUACCCAACGACCACGACAAGUCCAUGAUUAUGGGAUCGAGGUUGACUUUGACUCCUUGACUGAGGAGGAGCGUGCGGACAACUCUCCUGAGACCGCCGCCGAGUUCGAUGCUCAAAUUGCGAAACUCAACGGAGAGAUUGAGAGAAUGGCACCCAACUUGAAGGCUAUUGAAAAGCUAGACGAUGUCGAGGCCAAGCUCGCAGACACGGAGAAAGAAGCUGAUAAGGCACGGAAAGACUCAAAAAAUGCACGUGAUCAGUUCAACGACGUCAAGAGAAGAAGAUGCGAGUCAUUCAAUAAGGCGUACAAUCAUAUUUCGGAUUGUAUCGAUCAGGUGUACAAAGACCUCACGAAGGGGAAAGCGUCGCCGAUGGGAGGCGUCGCAUAUCUUAGUUUGGAGGACAGUGAGGAACCUUAUAACGCUGGUAUCAAAUAUCAUGCCAUGCCACCGAUGAAACGAUUCCGUGACAUGGAACAACUCUCGGGUGGGGAAAAGACCGUGGCCGCCCUGGCUCUUCUCUUCGCUAUACACAGUUACCAACCUGCACCAUUCUUCGUCCUUGAUGAAGUAGACGCUGCUCUGGACAAUACUAACGUUGCCAAGAUCGCCAACUAUAUCCGGAGCCAGGCGUCCGACUCCUUCCAGUUCAUCGUCAUCAGCUUGAAGGGUUCAUUGUAUGAGCGUGGUAACUCCCUUGUCGGAAUCUACCGUGAUCAAGAUGUGAACAGCUCUCGCACGCUGACGUUGGAUCCUUGUAAUUUUGAUCCGACAACUACUUCAAUACUGAUAACCAAGCCUCCUACAUCAUCCCCUGAUAUUCGCCGCAGUAUCUGGGGCGAUUUCCACUGA